AAUUUGAAGUUUCUAGUUUCCACUGCACUCUUGCGCUGUAAAUGAACAUGAAGUGCGUAUAUACAUACAAUAUACAUACAGCGCGUUAUUGUUGUAUCACCAAGUUGUGUGUAUAUAAAGUUGUAUUUGGGGACAAUUAACGGAGAGAGAUUGAGAAUUCCAGCGUGUUUUAGGGAGAGAGAGAUAAGAGUGAGAGAGAUUGGGAAUUAUCGGGUUUUUUAGGGAGAGAGAUUGGAGAGAGAGAGAGAGAUGGGAGGGUGUUUUUCAGAUGUGAAAGGAGGGCAACAAGCAAUCGGAGGAGGUGGUGUGGGUGGGCCCCAAUUGCCUCUCCAGCAACAAGCAAGUGGCGGCGCUGGCGGAGGUCACAAUGACGCGGUUGACUUCUUCUACAAGACCAAGGGUCUUGACGCCCUUUUUACUCAAAUUGAGCUAUCUUUAUCGGCGUCAAAGUUGCGCGAUCGAGAUAUCAUGUCAAAGAGUGAUCCGAUGGUAGUUGUUUAUGCAAAGAAAAGAGAUGAAAGUUUAGUAGAACUUGGACGCACAGAAGUCAUAAUGAAUAACUUAGACCCUAUUUGGAUUGGAAAAGUUCCUGUGGCGUAUCAGUUUGAGAUUGUCCAGCCAUUAGUCUUCCAUGUUUAUGAUGUAGAUACGAAGUAUCACAAUCUACCUGUGAAGGAGCUGAAAUUGAAAGAUCAAGAAUUUCUUGGGGAGGCAAGCUGUGUUUUGUCUGAGAUUGUGACUAAACAAAGUCGUUCUUUAACCCUCAGUCUACACAAUAAAAAUGGCCCUGGUUUAAAGAAUUUUGGUACGAUCACUGUCCAUGCGGAGGAAACUGCUGCUUCAAGAAAUGCUGUCGAGGUGGUAUUUCGUUGCACGCAUUUGGAUAACAAAGACCUUUUCUCCAAAAGUGAUCCAUUUCUAAGGAUCUCCAGGAUUGUGGAAUCGGGAGGUGCUGUACCAAUAUGCAAGACAGAGAUCGUGAACAACAAUUUGAAUCCAGUUUGGAAGCCCCUGUGUCUGAGCAUGCAGCAAUAUGGGAGCAAAGAUAACCCACUAGUUAUUGAAUGUUUUGAUUUUAACAGUAGCGGGGAUCACGUCCUUAUUGGGAAGCUGCAAAAAUCAGUAGCCGACUUUGAAAGAAUUCACAGAGAAAAAGCUGGGGCUAAUUUUAUCUUACCAUCUUCACAUCACAGGGGUCAUGAAAAGGUUCUUAAAGGGCAACUUUUCGUGGAUAGUUUUGUUGAGAAACAACUAUUCAGUUUUAUAGAUUACAUCUCUAGCGGGUUCGAACUCAACUUCAUGGUUGCUGUUGAUUUCACCGCCUCAAAUGGACAUCCACGAAGUCCAGGUUCUUUACACUAUAUUGAUCCUUCGGGUCGGUUGAAUGCGUACCAGCAGGCUAUCAUAGAGGUCGGGGAUGUUAUUCAGUUCUAUGAUUCAGACAGGCGCUUUCCUGCUUGGGGCUUUGGUGGAAAGACACAUGAUGGUUUAAUAUCUCAUUGUUUCAACUUGAAUGGAAGUCUUAGUGGCUUUGAGGUUGAGGGAGUUGAAGGAAUCAUGGCUGCAUAUGCAAGUGCUUUGCAGAAUGUUACUCUUUCUGGACCUACUCUAUUCAGUCAAGUGAUUAACAGGGCUGCAGAUUUGGCUGGACAGUCCCUGUCACAUAACUCCAGCAAAUACUUUGUCUUGCUUAUUAUUACGGAUGGAGUUCUUACAGAUCUUCAAGAAACUAAAGAUGCUAUAAUCAAGGCUUCUGAUCUACCCCUUUCAAUUCUUAUUGUUGGAGUUGGUAAUGCGGAUUUUAAACAAAUGGAGAUUCUUGACGCUGAUAAUGGACAUCGCUUAGAGAGCUCUGCGGGAAGAAUAGCUACCAGAGAUAUUGUGCAAUUUGUUUCAAUGCGAGAUGUGCAUGCUGGGCAGAUCUCCGUGGUGCAAAGCCUAUUGGAGGAGCUUCCUGGGCAGUUUUUGACGUACAUGCGCAGCAGAAGUAUAAUACCAAUUGGUGCUAGUGAUCCACAAUCUACCUAUCCCCCCUAAGUCUGGAGUUGCUGGCAAAAACCAGAAGUAUGGGUGUUCUGAUCUUCAUUGCAUUGUAGAUAUCAGUUAGUUCAAAUCUCAGAUUGAUGUUGCAAGUACCUCUUUUACAAGUUGUAAAUCCUAGUUUGAUCAAGUUACCUGCAGCACAAAGGCUUUAAACUGUAAAUGAUUUUGCACAGAUUCGUCUUCUUUUAAGGUUAAAAUUGAACAUGUACAGUUCUCUGUAUCCUUUUAUAAAUAUGUAUAUAUUCUCGAUGUCGUAAAUUUUCUCAA